GACAGUGACGACGAUGAUGAAGUCACCGUCAGUGUGGACCGGGACCGCUUCAUGGAUGAGUUCUUUGAGCAGGUGGAAGAAAUUCGAGGGUUCAUCGAUAAAAUUUCGGAGAACGUGGAGGAAGUGAAGAGGAAGCACAGCGCCAUUCUUGCAUCGCCCAACCCUGACGAGAAAACGAAGGAAGAGCUGGAAGAGCUGAUGUCUGACAUAAAGAAGACGGCAAACAAAGUGCGCUCCAAGCUAAAGAGUAUUGAGCAGAGUAUUGAACAAGAGGAAGGACUGAACAGGUCAUCUGCUGACCUGCGGAUAAGGAAAACUCAGCACUCGACGCUGUCGCGCAAGUUCGUGGAGGUGAUGUCCGAGUACAACACCACGCAGACAGACUACCGGGAGCGCUGCAAGGGCAGGAUUCAGAGGCAGCUGGAGAUCACUGGCAGGACCACCACCAGCGAGGAACUGGAGGACAUGCUGGAGAGCGGCAACCCAGCCAUCUUCUCCUCCGGGAUCAUUAUGGAUUCAAACAUCACCAAGCAGGCACUGAAUGAGAUUGAGACACGGCACAGCGAGAUCAUCAAAUUGGAGAACAGCAUCCGAGAGCUGCAUGACAUGUUCAUGGACAUGGCCAUGCUGGUGGAGAGCCAGGGCGAGAUGAUUGACCGCAUAGAGUACAAUGUGGAGCACUCAGUGGACUACGUGGAGCGGGCUGUGUCUGACACCAAAAAAGCGGUGAAGUACCAGAGCAAAGCCAGACGGAAGAAGAUCAUGAUCAUAAUCUGCUGCGUGAUCCUGGGUAUCGUCAUUGCCUCCACCUUCGGCGGCAUUUUCGGCUAG